GGCCACGCCUCCCCGCCGCGGCCACGCCCCCUCCGCCCCUCUCCGCGCCGCCGCCGGCGGCCUCCGCGCGGGCCUCCCAGCCCUCAUUCCACUCACUUUGUUCUCCGCCUUUGUCCUAAUCCACACCAGCAGGUGGAGCCGCAGUUAAAGUUUCCGAGUCCAUUCCGGGAGCGGGAGCCCAUCUUGCUGGCUGCCGAGGCCCUCGCUGGAGGAGGAGGGUCAGAACUCGGGUGCAGCCAAUCGAGGGCAACGCUGCUACUUAUCAGAGCAGAAUGGGCUGUAGUUUAGUGAAAUAGGAAAGCUGCAAAACACUGUGGAGUGCUCCCGUGUAAAUAAAAAGAGGAAAAAAGUUUCUCAAGUCGCCGCUGCACGACGUCUGGCCGGCGCUGGGGCGGGGGUCUGCGCUCUCCCGAGCGGCCGCGCGCUGGACUUUAUUGUGCCGCAACCAGCCCCAGUUCCCAUUGUUUGUGUUUUUUUCAAAAUAUGGCAAAGGUUCAGGUGAACAAUGUAGUGGUGCUGGAUAACCCUUCUCCUUUCUACAACCCGUUCCAGUUCGAGAUCACCUUCGAGUGCAUCGAGGACCUGUCUGAAGACUUGGAAUGGAAAAUUAUCUAUGUGGGCUCUGCAGAAAGUGAAGAAUACGAUCAAGUUUUAGACUCUGUUUUAGUGGGUCCUGUUCCUGCAGGAAGGCAUAUGUUUGUAUUUCAGGCUGAUGCACCUAAUCCAGGACUCAUUCCAGAUGCAGAUGCAGUAGGCGUAACUGUUGUGCUAAUUACUUGUACCUAUCGAGGACAAGAAUUUAUUAGAGUUGGCUAUUAUGUAAAUAAUGAAUAUACUGAGACAGAAUUAAGGGAAAAUCCGCCAGUAAAACCAGACUUUUCUAAGCUUCAAAGGAAUAUUUUGGCAUCUAAUCCCAGGGUCACAAGAUUCCACAUUAAUUGGGAAGAUAACACAGAAAAACUGGAAGAUGCAGAGAGCAGUAAUCCAAAUCUACAGUCACUUCUUUCAACAGAUGCAUUACCUUCAGCAUCAAAGGGAUGGUCCACAUCAGAAAACUCACUAAAUGUCAUGUUAGAAUCCCACAUGGACUGCAUGUGACCACCUACCAUCCCUUUAGUACAAAUUAAGCUAUUAAAAAUACACAGAACUAUUUCCCUGAAAUUCCGUAAGUACAUAGUCAAAACACAAUGUGAAGAAUUUGUUUAAAAACAUCCUGUAGAAAGUUUAUAAGAAAACCAGUAUUUGAACAAAUUGUGGAAUAUAAAUACAACUAUUUUUAAGUAAUUUUUUUCUCUAAUGUGUUAUUUUAUUUGUUCUGAAACUAAUCUGAUUAAAGCAUAUAUAUUAUUUUCUUCUCCUUUAUAUGUAAUGAAAGCACUUAUAAAGAAACAUGAGUCAUUAGACCAGGUUGUAAAGAUGUCUUGGCCUCCCAGUCUUUGGACCACUAUUUUACUGGCCUUUGAAAGAACAAAGUUUACUUCAACUAAAAUGUUUCUUCCUGUGAAGACAUAUAGUAUCAUUUUAAUUUAAGGGGCAGAUUUCCAUUCUUUUUUGGCAUGUCCUUAAAAAGAGGAUUUGAAAUCAACUAUAUGCUACCAAGAACUUUAGGAUCCAAUUUUCCAAGCCACCGUGAAGCCUCUUAUGGCUACUAUUAUAGUUCAUGUGAUGUUGGACAGCAUUUGGUUUGUUUGGUAAGAGAAGAACAAAUAUGGCUAAUUGUUAAUAAGGUCCCCUGGCUAUGGUUUUUGUUCUUAUAACAGAGUUUAGAAUAUCAGAGCAUUUCUUGAAUCAUACAUCAUUAUUGUCCAGUGAAUUCAAGACCAAAUACAAUAUCGGGAGAAAAUACAAACUCCCUGCGUUUAAGAAUAGGAGAUUAUAAUGGCUCAAAUUGGUUCAUUUGAUUUCUAAAAAUACCAUGACCUUUAAAAAUUCUUUUAAUAGAUCAUGUUAUUGGCAGUAUUUAUAUAAAAACCAUGGAUUUAGAAAGGUAUAUUUAGCUUUAUUAUAAUAGAUACGUUACUAUUUUGGAAAUAUAUAUAUUUUCACACCUGUAGUACUCUUCCCCAUUUCCUCUGACACUCAUGCAGAAUGAGAUCAGGCAUAUUUGUGGUUGACAUACUCUAGAUAGCUUUUCCAACAAAUCUUUGAAAAGCAAUCUUGGAAAGGAAUUCAUUAACUAAAUGGGGUAAAAGGUUUCUUUUUCUUUGAGAGUGAAGUCCUUCCUCAAAAAAUUUUCUUAUGCUCCAUAAAAUUGAGGUAGAAUAUUUUCAUUAUUCUUGCAGCUAAGCAAGACAGCCAUAUGAUGCAGGUUAUGCAGUGCCUUCAUAUCUAAAACUUUUAUACUGCACUUUUUAAAGCUUUUAUGUUGAGGAAAGGAAAAGGGCAUUUGUCUAAACAUGGAUUCUGAGUUGUAUAUAUUUCCUAUCAUUCUAAAAAAGUGAAUUUGUGAAGCAAAGUUUUGCCAGAUGUUAAACUUUGAAUUUAAUAUACCAGAUUAUUAAAAUAUUGUCCAUUAACUAGUUCAUAGAUUUUAAAAGUAAAAUACUUCUGACUGUUAAAACUAUAUAAAGAAAAUCUCAUUUGUCUAAUUGCAAUUAAAAGAAAAAUGUUAAAAUAUUAAAAUGAAAAUAAAAGCAUUACUUUCCAACAAA